AUGUCCAACCACAUCGGCAACCGCAACAGCACCCCGGAGGCUGGAAAUUCCACGCUGCGUCCCCCGUCGUCCUCCCGCAACCUCGGAUCGCAUCAGCUGCGAGCCUCAGCAGACAUGUCGGGAUUCCCUGCACCGCUGUCGGCCCGCAGCAUUCGUCCUUCGUCCGAAGUCUUCUUCAACCAACCGUCUCAAGGUCAAAACUCGACGGAGGAUGCUUUGGACCGUGCAGCUCAGCAGUGGCUGGCAGAUAUCGACCAGUAUGAGACAACUCUGGAGGAGAUGGCGGCUGCCACGCUCGAUCAGGACUUCAAGGAUGAACUCAGUGCCAUCGAGCAGUGGUUCCGUGUCUUGAGUGAGGCUGAACGCACUGCGGCUCUGUAUGCUUUGCUUCAGCAGACUACGCAGGUGCAGAUUCGGUUCUUCAUCCAGGUCCUGCAGCAGAUGUCCCAGGGUCACCCGAUGUCUGGGCUGCUUUCCCCUGCCAACUUUGGCGAGCGGGAUGCCAUGUCCAGCCGUCUGAGCGACGCCAUGUCGAAACUGGAUACUUCUCGCAAUUCCUUGGUCCGGCCCCCGCCGUCUCCAGGCGCGAAGCGCAAUUCGGCCCUCGACUCGUCCACCAUCAAUGCCAUGUUUCCAGAUGCCGCCGCGGCGAUUGCGAAGAAAAAGGCCGAGUUCACCCAGCAGACGGGCAACGCACCUCCCUCCAACCGCAAUAGCGCAGUCUUCGGAGAGCGUACGUCCUUCGUGGCACCGACCAUCUCCGCUCCUGACAACAAUUCAGACAACUUGGGCCAGCCGCCGGCGUCGCCAUGGACCCAGCGCGGGUUUUCAGACCAACAGCCCCCCAUUGCUCGGCCCAAAUCUUCCUCGGGACAGCAGCCUAUGGGUCAAUUUAGCCAGCCCUCAGGCAUGCGGUCUCCUCUUCCGCAGACUGCUAACAUUCCCGCUCCUGAUAUCGAGCCACCCAUGCUCUCGCCAUACAAUGUUGGGAACCACAGCUGGGCGUCUAUGACCAACACUCCCAUGACUGCUACGUUCGGGCAACAGCAGCAAAACCAACAGAAUCAAAACAACACGCAGGCGGACAUGGUGGCCAACGCGACGGCAAUGAAACUGGCAGCCCUUUCGACGGUGAACAACCGGAUCGCUCUUGAUGAUGCGCGCAAGUACCGCCGGUCCCGCUCGAACGAUGGCCAUGGUAGGAAUUCGAACGCCAACCCCGCCUAUUCCCAGGGCCUGGCUAGCCCAGGUCUUCCUGGUCAGAAUUUGGUUGCAGGUCAGCUUUUGAAUGCACAGCAGCUGGCAGCUUUGCAGGCUCAACAACAGGCCGCCAUGGCGGGUCGGCGUUCUCGCCCUACGUCUCCCGGCAUUGCUAUGCAAGGCGGUGGUCUGGGUGCGAUGAGCUUUACCUCGCCCCAGAACAAUGGAUUCUUGGCCGCAUAUGAUCCGAACAACCCACUGAUGGGCAACGGCCUGGGUUCUCUGGGCAUGGGUCAGUUCGGUCUCGGCGGUGAGGGAUACCUGUCCGACCACUCGGAGGUGGCGCGUGGCCGCUCCCCGCGUGGUCGUCGUGGUAGCUCGAAGCCGCCAGAGGAUCCCACGGACCCGGCCCUUUUGAAGGACAUCCCCGGCUGGCUGCGGUCCCUUCGGCUGCACAAGUACACGGACAAUCUGAAGGACCUCAAGUGGACCGAACUGGUCGCAUUGGAUGACAAGGCCUUGGAGGAUCGCGGUGUCAACGCACUUGGUGCACGGAACAAGAUGCUGAAGGUCUUCGAGCAAGUCAGGGAAGCCCAGGCGGAUGGCAAGCUCGACAACCUUUCUUGA